GGCGCAGCCUCGUCCCGUCUUCCUUCCACGUUGCUAACAUUGCGAGUGUAUAUAUUGUAAUUUAUCCCAACAUCAUAUAAUUCUCCUUUUAUCAGCAAAAAUGCACCAAAAGACUUUUGCUACGGCCGCCGCAGUUUUGCUGGCUGCAGCACCAUCUGCACACGCUGGCAUGUACACCAAGAAGUCACCUGUUCUGCAGGUCGACUCCAAAUCGUUCGAUCGCUUGAUCAACAAGUCCAACCACACUUCUAUUGUUGAGUUUUACGCUCCCUGGUGCGGCCACUGCCAGAACCUCAAGCCCGCCUACGAGAAGGCUGCCACUCAGCUCGCCGGUCUCGCCAAGGUCGCCGCUAUCGACUGCGACGAAGAGGCCAAUAAGGCAUUCUGCGGCUCCAUGGGUGUACAGGGCUUCCCUACUCUCAAGAUUGUGCGUCCUGGCAAGAAGUCUGGCCGCCCCGUUGUUGAAGACUACCAGGGGGCCCGUACUGCAUCUGCCAUUGCCGAAGCUGUCGCUAGCAAGAUCACCAAUCAUGUCACUCGUUUGACUGACAAGGAUUUCGAAAAGUUCCUUGAAGGAGACAAACCCAAGGCCAUUCUCUUUACCGAGAAGGGUACCACCAGCGCCUUGCUCCGCAGCUUGGCUAUUGAUUACCUCGACGUUGUCUCUGUCGCCCAAGCCCGCAACAAGGAGAAGAAGGUUGCCGAAAAGUUUGGCAUUGACAAGUUCCCCAGCUUCGUUCUUCUCCCUGGAGAGGGCAAGGAGCCCGUUGUGUACUCUGGCGAGCUCAACAAAAAGGACAUGCUGGAGUUUUUGAAGCAGGCUGGCGAGCCUAACCCGGAUCCUGCCCCCGCUAAGAAGGGCGGCAAGAAGGAAAAGAAAGAUAAGAAGGAAACAAAAAAAGAGGAAAAGAAGAAGGAAGCUAAGAAGGAAGAAGCUAAGACGGAGAAUGCUGAGGAAGAAAACGCCGAGGAAGCGCCCAAGGAGGAAGCUCCCCAAGACCCCCUUGCCCGGCUUGCCAUGAUCAACAUUGCUAGCACAUGGGAUCAGCUUGCGGAGGCAUGCUUCCAGCCCAAGUCCACAACCUGCGUCCUCGUCUUCGUCCCUAGCACACCCGACUCUCCUGGUGCAGGCGAUGCCGAAAAGGCCGUCAUGUCACUAACCCAACUCAACACCAAAUACCGCGAUGGCCACCGUCAGACAUUCCCCUUCAUCGCCGUCCCCGACAUGGUUGAAAAGAUUGCGCCGCUCAAGAAAGAUCUGGGUCUGACCGCCAACGUUGAACUCAUUGCCGUUAAUGCGCGCCGUAAGUGGUGGCGCCAGUACAGCGGCGACUUCAGUGCGACCGACGUGGAAGCCUGGGUUGACACCAUUCGUAUGGGCGAGGGUGAAAAGAAGAAGCUGCCCGCCAGCGUCAUUGCCGCAGAGGAGAAGAAGCCUGCUGAAGAGAAGGUCGAGCCCGAAGCGGAAGCUGAAGCUCCUCCCAAGGAAGACAAUGAGCACGAUGAGCUGUAAACAGGACGGCAGUCUCGAGAACCAGCACUCUGUAUUAAAGAGGCAGAAGAUGAAGAAGGAGGAUAUGUAUUCUAAAAUAAAACAAGCCCCAUUAUAGCAAAGCAAUACCUAUGUUUGUACCUUUUAAAACGCCUGUUCUCCGCUAUAUAUGCAACAUUGAUCACCAUGUCUUUCUACUCUUCCAAAUCCAUCACCAUAGUAUCACUCUUCUGAAUGGCACCCUCGCUAAUCAUCUUGGCACCCUUCAUCUUCACCACACCAUCCAAGAACUUCUUCACCUGUCUGCAUCCAUCAAUGCCUACAACUAACAUGCCCUCCAGUCUCGAAACCUGGAUCCUACUCUCGCACGCCAGCACUGCUACGCGGUCUGAGUCGCCCUGCGUCGCGACUGUCAGAAACGGCAGCUCUUGCUCCUCCUGGUUAUUCAAGUCGAGUAAAGGGUCCGCAGAAUCAUCUCCUGCCGCAAACGACGAUGUCGACCCUGCUGUGCACGCUGCGAUAUAGUCCGCCAUGGGGAUACCCGCAUCGAUUAGCGCUAAUGUCGUUGCGUUGAUGAGGGCCGCGAGCAGCGACCCGUCCUGCGACAGAACGUGAAGGGAGAUUGUGAUGAGGGAGUGCGGGAACAAGUGUGUAUGGAGGUUUGUCGCAAAGGCUUUGGCUAUGGUGAUUUCCAUUUCCUGUAGGCGCUUGUCGUUGCGGCCACGCUUCUUGCGGUCGACGCUCGAGAAGCCAGCGACAAUGAUGUUGACAUUGACCACGGCACCGUCACGCUGGCUGGCUUGCCCACCGCGCCGCGUCUGCUGGUUCUGCUGUUGUUGCUGCUGCUCUGAUGGGCCGGUGAUGACGCACAUGACUUUGGUAUGGCCCAUUUCGAGAUACGACGAGCCGUCGGCGGCGUCUUGUGUCCGGAUGAGGCCGUGCAGGCGGCGCAACUCGUUCCAGCGGCGGCCGUCGACCCGCAGUAGGGCGAGCGAAUAUGUCGAUGUGUCUAGAGGCAUUUUUUUCUUUUGUCGAGGCGUUUCUGAAAUGCUAAUUGUGCAGUUAUUGGCGGGUUAUGCUCCGUUGGUAGCAGCAGAAGCUGGUCGUGAUUCCUACACUGUAUGUUGGAGCGUUGGAAAAUUUUGGUGGAGCUUGCUCUUCUCGACCCCACCACAAGACUACGCCUCGCAGCGUAGCUUAAACUCAUGCUACACCCCGAAAUAAGUACACAACGAGCAGUUGAGUUAAUUAAAGUUAUUAUUAUCAUGAUUA